ACACACACACACGCUCACACUCAAACACCCUCUCACACACUCACUCACAGAGCGAGCAGUGGAGGAAUGGAUGACCACGGCUACCUGCAUGUGGGUUCCUCAGUGCAUCUCGCCCAUAAUCACCUGAGACCCCCCCCCUCCCAGCCCCCCAUCGUCUCCAUGAUGACCCAUCACCACCAGUCCGUCAUCAGCAGCCUGGCAUCCCCCUUCUCUGUCAUCACUUCCUCCUCACUGAGCCCCUUGACCUCCCCCGUACCCAGCACCCCCAGCGGGGGCUACAGCCCAUACAGCCCACAGAUUCACUCUCUGAGCAGCUCAGACGACAUGAAGCCUCUUCCCAGUCUGACCAGCAGGAGCAGCAGCUUCCAGUGCAUCAGUCCAGGCUCCCUGUCCAAACACAUCUGCUCCAUCUGUGGAGAUCGAUCUUCAGGAAAGCACUAUGGGGUGUUCAGCUGUGAGGGCUGUAAGGGCUUCUUUAAGAGAACAGUGCGUAAAGAUCUGACGUACAUGUGCCGGGACAGUAAAGAGUGUCUGAUAGAUAAACGGCAGAGGAACCGCUGUCAGUACUGCCGCUAUCAGAAGUGUCUGGCCAUGGGCAUGAAGAGAGAAGCUGUACAGGAGGAGAGGCAGCGGGGUCGAGAGAGGAUGAGUGAUAGUGAGGUUGACUCCAGCACUGGGUUAAAUGAGGAGAUGCCGGUGGAGAAGAUUCUAGAUGCUGAAUUAGCCGUGGAGCCGAAAACAGAGACGUACCUGCCGUCCAACACAGGAAACUCACAGACCAAUGACCCCGUCACCAACAUCUGCCAGGCAGCUGAUAAGCAGCUGUUCACUCUGGUAGAGUGGGCCAAACGCAUCCCGCACUUCUCUCAGCUCCCUCUGGACGACCAGGUCAUCCUCCUGCGAGCAGGCUGGAAUGAGUUGCUGAUUGCCUCGUUCUCUCAUCGCUCUGUGACGGUGAAGGAUGGUAUUCUGCUGGCGACCGGUCUGCACGUGCACCGCAGCAGUGCCCACAGUGCAGGAGUGGGCUCCAUCUUCGACAGGGUGCUGUCUGAGCUGGUGUCUAAAAUGAAGGACAUGCAGAUGGAUAAGACUGAGCUGGGAUGCCUCCGAGCCAUCGUCCUCUUUAACCCAGAUGCAAAGGGUUUGUCCAGUCCGUCAGAUGUGGAAGUGCUGAGGGAGAAGGUUUACGCCUCCUUAGAGUCCUACACUAAACACAGAUACCCCCAGCAGCCUGGCAGGUUCGCUAAGCUCCUCCUGCGGCUUCCUGCUCUUCGCUCCAUAGGCCUGAAGUGUCUCGAGCAUCUGUUCUUCUUCAAGCUCAUCGGAGACACGCCCAUAGACACUUUCCUAAUGGAGAUGCUUGAAGCUCCGCACCAGAUCACAUGACCCACCCAACCCAAAUUAACCCAACCUAUGCCCCUAUAAAUAACCCCCUGUGCACAGAGUCACCCCAGCGUAACACACUCAUCCUUCCUUUGUACUAAAAUGUAAAAUACAAAAUAUAUGUAUUGAUAUUUCUAAUCGAUGUACUUAUUGAUGUACAUAUGUGUCAACCCACACCUUUGUAAAGUCAUAACAGAGUGGUAUUUUUAUUACAUAUCUGAGAAGAUAAACAGUGUUAAAUGUUAAGAGUAUUAGAUUUACUAUAAAUGCAUUUCAUUUUGGAUAUUUUUCCAUGGUAGUGUUCGCUUUUCAAAUUGGCAAUAAUUCCUCUCCAUAUUUGAUUGCAUUCAGACCUCCCCAAAUCCUGGGCCAUGCUUCUUGGAUAUUUCUCUGCUCUAGAGAGUCUUAUUCUAAUGGCAGUACUUGUUUUCUACAGGGUCUAGCCAAUUUAAAUCAGCAGUGGCUGUUUAAAGAUAAAGUAGCAAAAUGCAUUAAAUUGAAAGGGUGUCCACAAAUAUUUGGACUUGUAAUGUAUUCUUAAGACACUACUGAUGUACUUAUGUAGUACUGGUGUACUGAUGUACUGGUGUACUGAUGUACUGAUGUAGUACUGGUGUACUGAUGUACUGGUGUACUGAUGUACUGAUGUAGUACUGGUGUACUGAUGUACUGAUGUAAGACUGGUGUACUGAUGUACUGAUGUAGUACUGAUGUACUGAUGUAGUACUGGUGUACUGGUGUACUGAUGAAGUACUGGUGUACUGAUGUACUGAUGUAGUACUGGUGUACUGAUGUAGUACUGGUGUACUGAUGUACUGAUGUAGUACUGGUGUACUGAUGUAGUACUGGUGUACUGAUGUAGUACUGGUGUACUGAUGUACUGAUGUAGUACUGGUGUACUGAUGUACUGAUGUAGUACUGAUGUACUGAUGUAGUACUGGUGUACUGAUGUAGUACUGGUGUACUGAUGUACUGAUGCAGUACUGGUGUACUGAUGUAGUACUGGUAUACUGAUGUACUGAUGCAGUACUGGUGUACUGAUGUACUGAUGUAGUACUGGUAUACUGAUGUACUGAUGCAGUACUGGUGUACUGAUGUACUGAUGUAGUACUGGUAUACUGAUGCAGUACUGGUGUACUGAUGUAGUACUGGUGUACUGAUGUACUGAUGUAGUACUGGUAUACUGAUGUACUGAUGUAGUACUGGUGUACUGAUGUAGUACUGGUGUACUGAUGUACUGAUGUAGUACUGGUGUACUGAUGUACUGAUGUAGUACUGGUGUACUGAUGUAGUACUGGUGUACUGAUGUACUGAUGUAGUACUGGUGUACUGAUGUAGUACUGGUGUACUGAUGUACUGAUGUAGUACUGAUGUACUGAUGUAGUACUGAUGUACUGAUGCAGUACUGGUGUACUGAUGUAGUACUGGUGUACUGAUGUAGUACUGGUGUACUGAUGUACUGAUGCAGUACUGGUGUACUGAUGUAGUACUGGUAUACUGAUGUACUGAUGCAGUACUGGUGUACUGAUGUACUGAUGUAGUACUGGUAUACUGAUGUACUGAUGCAGUACUGGUGUACUGAUGUACUGAUGUAGUACUGGUAUACUGAUGCAGUACUGGUGUACUGAUGUAGUACUGGUGUACUGAUGUACUGAUGUAGUACUGGUAUACUGAUGUACUGAUGUAGUACUGGUGUACUGAUGUAGUACUGGUGUACUGAUGUACUGAUGUAGUACUGGUGUACUGAUGUACUGAUGUAGUACUGGUGUACUGAUGUAGUACUGGUGUACUGAUGUACUGAUGUAGUACUGGUGUACUGAUGUAGUACUGAUGUACUGAUGCAGUACUGGUGUACUGAUGUAGUACUGGU